ACAACCCUUACAUCUACUUCCUUGUUUUCAAAAUGGUUGCCAUAUUCUGUGUGUGUUUUCUAUUGCUGUUUGCUGCUGGAUAUUGUUACCAAAAUUUAAGCAGAAUAACUGGAAUCAUUGCCUCCCAAAGCUCAGAAUUUAUUGAUGCAUCGUUGGCUGUGGAUAACAACUACAGACAGAAUUAUCCAGAAUGUGCGCAUACCGGAAAAAAAGCGAAUUUUGCCUGGUUUCAAUUGGAUCUCAAAAACCGUUACAGUCUCAAAUCUGUCAAAAUAUUCUUUAGAAAUGAAGCUACCUGGCCUCCAUACCGGAUCCGACAGUUUUACUUAGAUGUAUCAAAUUCAUCAGCAGACACCUCAACACAGAGAGUGCGAUGUUACACAGACAAUACUACAGCCCCAGCCACGCCCGCUCCUGUGCUUGACAUCCCAUGUAAACAGACGGCAAGAUACGUCAUCGUCGAGACAACAUACCAUGCACCAGAAGAUACAGAUUCUACAGGACCUGUCUUGGAAAUAUGUGAAAUUGAAGUGAUUGGUAAUCAUUAA